AAACAAGGAGAUAGCAAUUUUGUUUAUUCCUUCCUAAGUUACGAAUCCUACUACAUUAAGGAAUAGUCAACUGAUCUGUUUGUUUUAAUUUGUUUGGGUUGGUUCUUUUAUUGCUUUUCUUGGUCGUUCCUUUGUGUCUUUCUAUUUCCUUUAACUCUUGUAGAUUUGUUGGAGUUAGAUUGUCGCAAAAUAACUUGAUUUGAGCUUGUUUAGUUCAAUAACGAACUGAAAGAGGGAAGUUGAAUGAGGGAAAAAGGCAAGAGGUUUCAAUCAUGUCAAGCGGUGAUGACAGAAAACACCAAGUGGAUGAUUCCUUCAUGCUUAAAGCUAUGCAACAACAAUUUCAGAGGCUAGACAUCAUGUUUGGUGAAAUUAAAGACAAAAUGGAGAAGCAAGAUGCAGCCAUUGCCAAGUUAUACCAAAUACAGAAUGGAAGUCCAAAUUUGCAUAAUCACGAUCCUAAUGACAAUGAUGAAGAUGCAUUCAACGAUGAUGCCCAGAACUCAAAUUUCAGCAUGGACAGAUUUAUAAGAAGUAGAGGGGGUCAAAGAUAUAGACUUAACAAAGGAGACCAAAAUCUGGCAAGGUGGGGAGAUCGGCAAGAUCAUGACUUAGGCAGCAUCAAGAUGAAGAUUCCUCCAUUUCAAGGCAAAAAUGAUCCAGAUGUGUAUUUGGAGUGGGAAAAGAAGGUGGAAUUGGUGUUUGAUUGCCAUAACUACUCUGAGGAGAAAAAGGUGAAACUAGCAGCGGUGGAAUUUACUGAUUACGCUGUGGUGUGGUGGGAUCAGCUUGUGCUUAAUCGACGUAGAAAUCGAGAGCAUCCUGUUGACACUUGGGAAGAGAUGAAGGCUGUCAUGAGAAAGCGGUUUGUUCCUAAUCGCUACUACCGCAAUCUCUAUCAACGAUUACAAGGCCUUACUCAAGGGUCGAGAAGUGUUGAGGAUUAUCACAAGGAGAUGGAAAUCGCAAUGGUCAGAGCAAAUGUCGAAGAGGAUAGAGAAGCAACAAUGGCACGGUUUCUGCAUGGUUUAAAUCGUGAUAUAGCUAAUGUGGUGGAGCUGCAGCAUUAUGUGGAAUUGGAAGAUAUGGUGCAUAUGGCGGUGAAAGUAGAACGUCAACUCAAGCGUAAAGGAGCUACUAGCAAAAUUGGGCAAAAUUCAAGUUCCUCAUCUUCUUGGAAACUGAAUUGGAGCAAAAAGGAAGAAAAUUCUGUUUUUAAGCCUAAAACUGCAGCAUCUAAGUCAAAAGAAGUUGGCAGCAAUGAGAAGAGUAAAAUAGAUAAUAUGCAAGGCAAAACCCGAGACAUCAAGUGUUUUCGAUGCUUGGGAAGAGGGCAUAUUGCAUCGCAAUGCCCUAAUAAGCACACGAUGAUCUUGAAAGAGGAUGGAGAAAUUGAAACAGAGGGUGAAUCUGAUGAUGACUCUAUGCCACCAUUGGAAGAUGCUAAUGAUGGCAUGGAAUAUGCUGUUGAUGGAGAACUGCUUGUCACCAAGCGUACUUUGAAUGUGCAAGCCAAAGAAGAUGAUGAAGUACAAUGCGACAACAUAUUUCACACAAGGUGCCAUAUCAAAAAUAAGGACUUCAAGGAUGUGUUUCCAAAUGAUGUUCCUAAUGGUUUACCACCAGUAAGAGGAAUCGAGCAUCAAAUUGAUUUCAUUCCUGGUGCAACAAUUCCAAACCGACCAGCAUAUCGAAGCAAUCCCAAUGAGACGAAAGAACUUCAAAGGCAGGUCGAAGAACUCAUGAAAAAGGGACAUGUGAGAGAAAGCAUGAGUCCAUGUGCAGUUCCAGUGCUACUUGUGCCUAAGAAGAAUGGGACUUGGCGUAUAGUGGAUAUCAUCAGAUUAGGAUGAAGGAAGGUGAUGAAUGGAAAACAGCCUUUAAAACGAAACAUGGUUUAUAUGAGUGGUUAGUUAUGCCGUUUGGAUUAACUAAUGUGCCUAGUACAUUCAUGCGAUUAAUGAAUCAUGUUUUGCAUG